UCGUACGGUCUUGUGCUGCUUCGCUGGCUGCUGGUUCGCCGUGUGUGCGCGACCAUAAAAAUUUUCGCCAAGCAGCGCUCAGUUUCGUAUUCGUAUUUGAACGUGUCGUUACGUCGUGUUCGCAGGGUACGCGUGCUGAUUUGGAAAACAAAAGUGUGGCGCUAGCUGACGCACAAACAGUUCCUCUGUGGAAAUCUGUGUUCGUUCGUUUGUUCGUCAGAGCCGCUAAAAAACACUGUUAAAACAAAGUAAUAUAAUAACAAAUUAAUAUGCACGUGUGUGUGUAUGUGUGAUAUACUUGGUGUGGUUUUAAGUUAAACGGUCACUCCGCAAGAGUUUACGCGUAACGGUAUGCCGUGGGUGGAGUGAUUAUAAUUACUGAAAAUUAAUUAAAUUCAAUUCAAAAUUACUAGAGAGACUUAAAUUGUGGUUGAAAAUAAAAGAAAGAUAUUUGAAAGUAUGUAAUGCAAAAGUAAUUAGAAAAGUACUUUAGAUUACUGAUUUUAAAGUGUUUAUAAGUGUGGCUUACGGAUAUAUUUACUUAAGUUACUACCUGUAUAUCGUAUUCUUCCAUUCAAAUAUUCAAAUAUUGCAUUUCAGAAAUAAAAAUAAUAAUAAAUUUUGACAAGAAUUGUUGUUGACUCGGUUUUUUUUGUAGAUUCUCUGUUAAUUCGUCAACAGUGAAUAACUGAACACUCGCAAGCGAUCAUUAGGACGGACCACAAAUAAAGGAUUGAUAAUAAUCUUCUCUCGUUAAAGCCAAUCGCUAGUUCGACUUGGUCCUUACUGAAUCUUGACACAUAUAACCAGACAACAGUUAGUAAACAGUAUAAAUAAACAGUUUAUCAAGUUGUCAGCUGCGUCCUUCAACUUUCAGAGAGCAGUCAAAUCGCUCUGCUGGCGAACCGCAAUAAACAAUACGUCUGAUAAUUAUAUCCUCGCGCAUAGCUGUAAGCGCACGUAAGAAGUUUAAUAAUACAUGUGCAGCGACACGCAUAAUAAGUGUUAAUGUGCACAUAUCCUUAUGUGUGUGUGUGUGUGCUAGCUGCGUAAGUGUGUCAGUGGGCACGUGAGUAUUUGCUUAAGCAGCGCGCAGCUCAUCCCGCGACUCCGCAUAAUCGCGUUUCAACAGCACAUUCCGCGUUUGCGGCGUUGCAUGCGCCGAAUGCCACUCGUAUAACAAAGAAUGAAAUAAUUAUGCUUGCGUGUGUGUGUGCGUAAUUGUGCACUCUCAUAUUAUUAUAUUUAUAUGCACAUUUCAUCACGCAUGCAGCACGCAGCACGCAGCGCCGAACUGCGCGAAUGUUAAUGAAAUGAAAUCACUGCUGUAAUUGUUAUGAGAAAUUGUGGAGAAUAAGCUUGAGCGGCAAUAUAAAAAAAUCAUUUCAACAGAAACAGUUAAAAGCUGCAAAGUGAAAUAAUAAUAAAAUUAAAAAAAAAAUAAGUAAAAAUAAAAAUAAAAGAAUUAAAUAAAAAAAUCAAUUCAAUUGUGUUGAGGAAAGUGCGCACGUCAUUCAGCGACUCGUCUGCUUGCAAGUGCUGUAGUGUGUGUUCGCGGCGCGUUGCAUAUCCACAGGCGCAUACCGAGUGCUAAAUUUACAUACUAGCAUACUUGUGUGUAUAUAAAGCGCCAUAAUUGUGUCAGUGUCAUACGCAACAAUGGAAGCAACAACAGCCGACCGUUAUUGUGAUAUAUGAGCACGGCAACGAGAAAAUCCCAAUGCCAUCUGCGGUACCACACCAUCCAUUGACAGCAUCAUCCCGUCAUCAUCAUCGUUAAUAUAUGUAUGUAUGUUUGUGUGGCGGCGUUGCGCGCUUCUUCUUUAUUACUGUAGGUCGUGCUGCUGCCGCAACUACUUAAGUUGCAGCAGAUAAAUGUGAGCGCUCCGCCGUUAUUUUUGCCGCUCUUUGUUACUUUCCAUUGCUUGCACAUCUUCAAAGUCAUCGCCGACAUCUUGAGCAAUAUUCGCAUCAUUCGCGCACACCAGCGUGUGACAAGAAGGCGCGCAGGCAAGCGCUUUGUUGGCAACAUUAGUGUGCUAGUGGUGGCACGUUAGAACGCCGCGCCGCGCGUGCACAUGCUACAACGCACACCCACAUCGGGACGGCGCCGCGCGUGUUGCUGUGCAAAUUUCACACAGCGUAGUCAAAGCGCGAGCAUUGUGCUUUUUUGCGUGCAUUUCUCGGGAAAGUAGUGCCUCAUGCCGCAUGGUUCGUUGCCACACUGCUCAUCGUGCUACAUGGCAAGGUCGUUUGCGCAGCAGUAACACACACGCUGUAAUUGAGAUUGUCAGCUGCUGGUGCGCUCCGUGUGGCGCGGUAGACCGCAAGCGUUUAAUCACCAUUUGAUGAACUGGUGCUGGCUCGGAUUUUUAAAAGUACCGUUGAGGAAUUCGUGAAUGGGCUUGGAUAAAUAACUGAAAAGCACCGCGAGACUAGCAAGGAGCUAUACACGAGCGAAUGCUGUAAUGAAUACAUAAAAAAAGUAGGAAGAUCCUUCAAGAAUUUCAAAGGCCAACAAAGAAGGAAAGUUUUUCUUAACAAAUGGGGGCUAUGCACACGCAAGUGGCGGAAAUUAGGGCUAGAAAAACAAGUUAAUUAGCGCGGCUAAGGGCAGCGGAGCUAUGCACCGAGGAGAAUAUGCACACAGAGUUGUUAAUUGAAUAGCAUUGCGUCAAACGAGCAAAAGCGUAAGAAAGUUAAGUGCGAAAAUAAAAAGAAGACAAGAAGACUCUGAGACAAAUCAACAGCGGCACUGCAGACCGGCCAUAAAAGCAGAAGCAAAAUUAGUUUGAAUUAAGCGAAACACAACGUAGACGGACUCCAAGGUGCUUCCGAUUUCGCAUGCCGGCCAUUUGCAAUGUUGUGCUCCGCGCUGCAGCCGAAUCGCUUCAUUAGAGCGUGGUGAGUGCUGCGCGAGGCAAAAGUGCAGACUGCGAGCUGCGAGCUGAAACUGCAAAUUGAACGCAAAGUCAGCAGCAACUAAAGGCACCACGAUAACUAUAUAUAAUACUAUAUACAUAUAUAUGUAUGUAAGUAAAUGCACUUAGAGCUACACGUUCGUGAAUUCGUAUCGCUUCCAAGUUGUGUACAAGUUUCGACGCUGUAAAUUAAAUUGCAACUUCCGAAGGCUGUAAGCCGAAAGCGGAAAGUGAAAAUAAAACGUAAAAACAGAAUAAUGUUCGACGCAGGUAUAGUGAGUGUGCAGCAAUAAAAAAUCGAAAUAAAAGUCGAAGCAAAGUGCACGCUGCUGUAAUAAUAACAACAACAACAACAAAACAACGCACAAUGGAUUUGCUAAAAGUGCAGCGAGCAACGCCAUUAUCGGUGGCGACGCUACGCCGUAACCAAACUAAAAGUGUCACAACAACAAAAACAACAACAAUUGUGCCAGCAUACGGUACAACAACGGCCGGGAGCACUUGCACAAACGCGGCUCCAAGCAGAUGCAGUUCAAUGCCGUUGACAUGUAAGGCUGCGUUGCGAAUGCUCUCUACAACAACAACAACUGCAGCGCCAACAACCCGCAUCGGCAGCAGCAGCAGCGACAACAACUGCGCCAACAAUGGCAAGGAAAGCGCUGCCACGUCGGAGCAGGCGCUGCCGCGUCUGUUGACGGCUUCCAGCUGGGGCGGCUGGCGCCACUGCAUCGUUGGCCUUGUGACGUUGCUGGUGUUCACAGCGAAUUUCAACAGCAGCGUCGGCCAAAUCGAUUGGGAUGAUGACGAUGAUCCAGUAUCCUUUGGUCUCGUAGAAGCCGUGCUGGGACGCACCGCAACGCUGCCAUGUGACAUUGAGCCGGAAGCGAAGGAUGACAGAGUUUAUAUGGUAUUGUGGUUUCGUGAGAGCGCGGGCAAACCACUUUACAGUUUCGAUGUCCGGGGGAGAGCGUUCGAAAAGGCGUUGUACUGGUCGGACACCAACUCGUUUGGACCUCGCGCUUACUUCAUUACAAAUCAACAACCUGCAAAAUUGACGGUCGAGAAUGUUCAGUUGGAUGAUGAAGGCGUAUACAGAUGUCGCGUCGAUUUCCAGAACUCCCCCACGCGCAAUCAUAGAAUUAAUUUAACGGUUACUGUUCCUCCACAUCAAAUUAUGGUUUACGAUGCUUCUGGACGUGAUGUUGCCGGUGCUGUGGGCCCGCUGCUUGAGGGCGACAACAUUGUGUUGACAUGUGAAGUGCGAGGCGGUCGACCAGACCCUAUAGUCAACUGGUUUAAUGGCACGCAAAAACUGAAUACAGGCGAUGGAGAAUCGAUGGGCCGCCAUGUGACUACAAAUCGGUUAGAAGUGCUGAAUAUUCCACGUUCAGCUCUCAACAUUACCUAUCGAUGCCGUGCUUUCAAUACGAAGUUGGUACCACCAAUCGAGCGCAGUAUACGGAUCGAGAUGCUAUUAAGUCCAACAUCUGUGAAUCUCACAAAUAAACUGAAAGUUUUCUCUUCCGGCACUCAAUAUAAUUUGACUUGCGUCGUCGCCGGGUCAGUGCCGGACACCGAGAUACGCUGGACGCAGAAUAACCGGCCUUUCAAGCGAGGAACGCUAACAACGACACAAAGCAACGGCAGAGUCUUCUCCACGCUGUCCUUCCAUCCACAACCCGAAGACGACGGCACUUUGUUGAAGUGUGCAGGCUCCAAUCCACGACUGCCCAUCUCCGCAUUAGAAGAUUCCAUUUCGCUAAAUGUGAUAUAUCCGCCACAGGUGACAUUAUCGCUGGGUUCAACACUCAAACCGGACGAAAUUAAGGAAGGCGAUGAUGUUUACUUCGAGUGCCACAUAAAAGCUAAUCCGAAGGAGCAUCGUAUCACAUGGUCACAUGAUGGCAUCCCGGUCACCCAGAACGUAUCGUGGGGCAUCAUCAUAUCCACACGUUCGCUGGUAUUGCAGCGCGUUGCACGCGUCCAUGCCGGCUUCUAUGCCUGUGCGGCGGCCAACGACCGCGGCGAGACGCAGAGCUCGCUGGUGAAUUUGCGUAUACGCUAUGCUCCAGUUUGCAGCACGAACACAAUGAUUGUUAUUGGCGCCUCGCUUGAGGAGGCGGUGCCGAUACCAUGCCGCGUUAACUCCGAUCCGCCGGAAAUUGAUUUCGAGUGGACUUUUUCGACAAGCGGUGAGCACUUUGAAGUACCAUCGGGCCAUUAUGCAACCAUACAAGAGGCCACAACAACCGGCGAUGUGCACCGCACCAUAAUCGAGACAAAUGAUACACACUUCGAGACUUACGUAGAAACUGUAAGCGAAUUGAUAUACACGCCGAAGGGCGAACGGGACUAUGGAACAUUGGCAUGCUGGGGUCAAAAUUCAAUUGGCAAACAAACGGAGCCUUGUCUAUUCCAAGUCGUGCCAGCAGCCAAGCCGGGAGCAUUGCGUAACUGUACAUUGCGUCCAUAUGUGGUGACCUCUGCCUCGCUAAAUUCAUCGAACCAGACAACAAUGCAUAGCAAUCAGAUGAUGCCAGCACAAUAUGGACGACAGGAAUCAAAUUUUCCGCAUACGGAGUAUGUACGUGAGCGACAUAAUAACAAUGGCAACAAUAACAACAGCGCCAGCAACAAUGGUAAUAAAAUUCACAAUGGAAAUGGCAACAGCAAGGCAAUCAGCAGCAGCAGCAAAGGCAAUAAUAAAAUCAACAAUGUUGUUAAUAAGCAGCCGCAGGAGAAGAGGAAAAAAGCUGCAACCUCAUUUGCGGAGCAAAAGCAAAAGAAAUUGCAAUACCAACCGGCACGGCGGCUGCAACCCAGCGAACAACAGCAACAACAGCAAUUACAACACCUGAAGAAACGAACAUCUUUCACGCCAUCUCAAACGCUGGCGGCACUCAAACGGCAGCAACAACAGCAACACGAACAGCACAAGAAGACAGGAAGCGGCGCCAAAGCCGAGGCCGGGACUAUCGAGGCAAUUGGCUAUGGCAAAAAGCCGUUAUCAAGUGCAACGCGCAGUUCGACGGCUGAUGAGAGCACCGGAACGCGACACACAGGCGUAGCUGCAGCAGCUGGUGGCGCCAAUGCCGCAGGCAACCUGGCAACAAUGGUGUAUAUCAAUAACAAAACUGAUGGAUUGCCCACGAAGACACGAACGGACAACAAACAUCGCUUGAAACGUGCCGCUGACGAGCAUGCAACAACAGCAACGGCUACACUUACACAAUACAAAAACAACGAGGCUUCUAAGUACAAGCUGAAGAAGAAGGCAUACAAGCUGGCGCUGACGACAAAGGAGCUACGGCAACAGCAAUCGAGAAAGCGAACUUCAAAGCAGACGCAGAAGAAGAUAAAUGCAAGCAAAAGGCAAAAAUCAAAUUUAUCAUUGCCAAGAGUUGCUGCUGACGCGGCAGCUGCCAUCAACAACGGCAGCAAUGCACCGACGAACAACAGCAGUAAACAAACGCCUGCAACAAAAUACUACAAUUGGCGGCGAAAAAACACGCAUAAACGUGAGAUCUCACAAGAGAUGAGCAAAGUAAUCCAUCAUUUAAGGCUAGCAACAACGACAGCAGCAGCAGCAGCAUCAGCAACAACUGUCACUGCAACAGAUACGUCAAAGGAAGCGGAAAAGGAAGCAACCAGGGCGAACGCACAAACCCGGCGACUAGCAAAAAGAGAAAUCGCAACUGCAGCGCCCAGCGAAUUAACGCAACAUCCAACAUACGUGGACGAGACAAGUGGGGAUUUAGCUGCCGUAAUAGCUUCUGGUAUAGCUGCGACUACACACAAAGGCAGCAGCAGCAGCACCUUUCACUUGCCAGUCGACAACUCCAUUAACUCAGCGCCAAAUCGGCAACAGCACACUGACGGCGGCAUUGCCGCUAAUGAAUCCGCUGUGAUCGCUGCAAACUCAUUCGAUAAGGUGCGCAUACGCAAAUCUUUGACAGCCAAAAACGUUGGUUCCGCCGUCUCGGACGUUGCCGGGGAGGCUGACGGUGCGGCUGCCGCCAACGACCGUCACUUUUUGCAACACAACAAAGCCAGUCAUCGCAUUAGCAACUUUUCUAGCAGUGAUAACGGCAAAGCGAGCGCGCAAAGCACCAAAACCAACAGCCACAACGCGCCGCCCAGUACGCCCGAAAUAAGCAAUCAUGCCACCGCCUUUCACCAGCAACAACAAAGCAUUGCAAAUGAUAAUCGCAACAUCGAUGUUAUUGGCAUGCAACGCGCAAUUAAUGAUCUCGCCUCCAGCUCGGAUGAAAGCGGCCGGGCAUCAGAGAUUUUUGCCAACAAAUUUGCUUAUGACGAUGACAUGGGCGAGAUUGACAUGGCGGUUGACGAAGUGGAUGCUGACGCCGAUAUGGAGGCCGAAUUGGUAGGUGCCGAUGCGGAUGAAGGCAAUGACAUUGAUGAUGCAGAUUUAAAUGGCAUCGUUGAGCUGGAUGAAGAGCUAUCGCCGCCCACGACGAGUGCUCUUCAAAGUGAGAUACAUUUAUCAGCUCACGCGGCGGAUGCGCCGCACUUCGAAUACUCACGCAUGGAGUACAGUUUCAGCAAUGGCAUUGCUACUCACAGCCUGGUUGGCAGCAAUGACAAUGGACAUGGCCUUGGUCUGGAUGGGAUUGGGUACGGAGACGGCGGUGGUGGCGGUGGUACUAUCAACCUGGAGAACUACGAUAACAUUAUUUAUUCGACAAUGGAAUUGGAAUGUAUGCCAGGGUACGAUGGAGGUCUGCAGCAGCAGUUCUUUCUCGAAGCGUACGACUCCAAAACGAAGAAGCUGCGCCUGAACACUUCAAGCACUUAUGCCGAUAUACCGAUAUUUCGCAUCGACUUGAGCGAUUUGGCCUCAAUGGACUACUAUCCGGAUCCGAAUCCAGCACUGCAUUUGGUCGUUUAUAGCGCCAAUCAGAAAGGUCGUUCGGAGCCGAUUGUUCUGGAGAAUAUUCCCAUAAAUGAAGCGGAAAAACGAACAGACGGGCGCAUGGCUUCCAUACUACCGCUUGCUGCUCUACUCACUGGAACUCUGUUCACUGUCGGCGUCGCUGUGCUUUUCGUCGUGGUGAUCGCUGUACGCAAGAGACGAUGUCAGGGGGGGCGUAACCUCUGCGACGACAAAGAUAAGCAUUUAGGCAUGGAUGUGACCGUAACGGCGCCACUUGAGACGGGUGCGGGUCACCAACGUUUGGUCGUUGCAUACACGCUCAAGCAGGGCAUCGAAAAACAACCGGAUAUUUUGAACGCUCAAAAGAGUGCCACCGGCAGCGAUACAUCCUCGCCGCUGGGCAGCAGACCUGGGGGGCUAUACCUCGGUGGCAGCGGUGCGGCGAGUAGUAAUUGCGGUGUGCCUGGGGGUAAAUCAAACUUCACAACCACAGCCAGCACAAAUGCGGUGACGGAUUAUGACGCCUCCACUAUCGGUUACAGCGAUCCCGCAAACUCAAACGAUCUUCUCAAUAGCCCACCCUCCCAAUCGAGCACGCUUAAACUGGGCACUGACCUCCGUAAAAACUACCAAAGUCCACAGCAACCACUGCUCUAUGACGCAUUGCCGUUAAAUCGACAUGAUAUCUCACGAUACGACCCGCUUGGUCUUAACUACGGCGGCAGUAAUAGUACGCUCAAUUCGGCGGGCAGCGCCGGCACCGCCACCAACAACAUGAAUAAUGCACCUUCAAGUGGCGCCACACCGCAAUCAUUAAUACAGAAUAAUCUCACCAAUGGGCACUACGUCAAUCAUCACACACUGCCUCACCCUUCUUCCGCAGCCACACACUCGAGCCUCCUUCAUAUGCAACAACAACAGCAGCAGCAACAUCAAUCAACACUGCCAGCUGAUGAGCAACUAUCCAUCGCUGAUUAUCUCGCAGCGAGUAGCUUAAUCGAUUAUAGUUUAAGUAAAGCGGCAACGGGGUUGCCACCCGGCAUGUCGGCCGGCAGCGGGGUUGGCAGUGGGCACAUGACGCUACCCAAAGGUCUCGGCAUAGGUUCCUUACUGGGCGUCGGCGGCGGCGGCAACAGCAACGGUGCGUUGCUAUCACAAAGCUCGCAUCCAGCGAGCAUUACACCAACAGCAACGAUUACACAGAAAACGAAUGCAAAUCGAAAUCAUAUUAUUACGGACACAUUACCGGGUCCCGAGAGUUGUGUUUAAGUUUUAGAGAAUACAUUAUGAUAUAUAUGUAGUUGUAAGAUACCCCUAAAUGCAUACAAACACUUUGCGCUCGUGGAAAUUAAGAUAUGUUUAUAUGUAGAAAUAAAAUGGAAUAUUUGGAGGGACGCUAUCAAUGGUUUUGCAAAGCAAAAAAAGACUGGAGCAAUAGACAAAUUGUUGAAAAGCUACACCCACAUCCACUUCUAAAUGAACAUAUACCAAAACAAGAGUACACACGUAAUCAAAUAUUUGUGAAGUUAGGUCCUUUGAGUUACUUGGGGCUCUCAGUAAUAGUAUUAGGAAAGAAGAAAGGAAAAGAAAGGCUAGAGUUUUGUUUGCCUCCAUACUUCUCUACCAAAAAUUCAGCUUCACUUUAUUUUUGACGUAUGUUGUCCACUUUUGUACUAAAAAAAACAAUGUCAUUCAAUGGUAGAUUGUUCUCAAAUGAGACAGAGCUUACUAUAUAUAAUAGUUGGUUAGAUUUGGUUUGAGUCCCUCGUAGUGCGGAGAUACGGUACGGUACGUAGAUGUGAGUACGCCUCGCCAAGUUUUAAACAAUGCCAUAGCAAUCCAGAAAACACUGUCAACUACCACAAGUUCCAUUAAGAACCCAAAUCUCAACUUUGGCUGUGGCAUUACAAAUCUAGGUUAAUUACAAAUUAUCGACAGAUUUCGAGUGACUUUACCAUUUUAGAUAUUCAGCUAUAAAUAAAACACAAAUUUAAUUUUGUUUCGGGGCAUUGACAUCAGGAUAUACAAAUGGAAAUAUUUUGGGAAACAAAAGCACACUUUUGAUUGUAAUCUUGCAGUGUCAUGAAGCGUGUACGUCCGCGUAGCGUGCUUGGGAAGUGGGCAGACAAAGUAAUCGAUAACAACUAAUAUUCCAACAACAUCACUAAUUUACCCCAAAUCAAACAAAUGGUGUAUAUUUAGCAUCCUAAGAAUGGGGGGUGUGGGUCUAGGCAGGGGUAGCAAAACUCGAUGGGGAUCGACUGAAAAGUGUGUGCAAACCAAAGGAAUAUAAAUUAGCAAAUAUAAAUAGGCAUAAUGAGACAAAAAUAGAAAAUUGACAGUUGCUUGUAUUGUAAUUACUUUUAAUUUAGUUUCUAAGAGCUCUGUACAUACAUAUAAAUAUACAUAUAUACAAUAUAAACUAGUAAUUGUAGGAAAUUUAGCGAAUGUAAUGCAAGCGUUUGUGAGCAAACCUUAAAAAUAAAUGUAAAUAUUGAUCCCGUUGUUCUGAAUAAUGGAGUACUGAAGAAGUCUCCAUAAAUAUAAUAAAAUAGAUGGAAACAUAGCAAAUGCUUGGAAAUGCUGAAUGAAGCAGAGUAAAUCUAGCAAGUAUACACAUUCUAGUUUUAUAGUUUUACAGUUUUGAACACCUGAAAUGAUGCUUAUCACUAAGUUUAAAAUUAAUGUAAUUUUUCGUUUACUUUUAUUAAAGUUGGAGGUUGCAUGCAACAAGAGUAAUACUUCCAGUUACGUAAUUGAAAAUGUAUCGAAUUGCCGAACUUCCUACAAUCUCCUGCCGUAACAGUAAAACAUAUCAAGCAUACAUAUACACAUAAGCUCAUUUACGACAUUACUGACAUAUCCAACUUAGACGCCAGGGACUGUGUUAUAUAAAUAUUAGCAGUGCCACUUUUAGUCCACUAGGCAACAAUAAGAACUCACAUAUCCACGCAGCGUGCAUAAACAGAACAAUUCGAUUCGAAAAAUUGAAAACGCUCAAAUAUGCAGCGUGCAAAUUCAGCCAGCGCUCAGCCAAGCCCGAUUGACCCGGAAAUCCAAGAAAAUCAGCAUUUACAUCCGCACACAUACAUACAUAUAUAGUUGAUUAUUUUGCCUCUCCUGUGCGCCAGCAAUGCCAAGUGUUAUCAACACAACCGCAGCAAUCAUACCGUCAUGAGAACACACACACACACACCCAUGCAUAUACACGAAGUUGCCACCAUCGCCAUCUGCAUAAAGGCACACACUGAAAUGAGCGUUGUUGUAUGUGUACGUAUACGUAUAUAUGUGUAUUUGCAUAUUUAUAGAUAUACAUACAUAUAUACAUAUGUGUGUAUGUGUGCUAUAGUUAAGGAUUUACGAAAUUGCACUGCAAAAUGCGUCAAAUCGUUUGUCUUUCCCCAUCUGCCUCGGCGCGGGCAUACAAACAGGUAGUGUGUAUGUAUGUAUGUGCGAGGUGUGCUGGGUGCAGGCUCCAGUAAAAUUUUAUACCAACAAUAAAAGAACUUUAAAAACACAUUACCAUCAUUCCGAAAGUUAUAUUGGACACGUUCAAUAUUUUAUGUAUUUCUUUCUGUUUUUGCAAUACGCGCGCACUUCGGCUAUAAUACAAUUGCAUUUUUAUCUUUGUUGUAAUCGAAAACUUUCUAAUGCGCACAUUGCCAAUACACCCUGCAGGGAUGUUCAGCCGUUUUGAAAUUCUUCGUUCACUCACAUCGUAUUCUUCUCUAAGCGGGUCACUGAAAAUUCGGAAUCUCUGACUGCCAUCAACAUUAAAGCUGAGUUGUUCCUUAGUUGGGAAUUGAUAAUUGUGGGUUGCGGUUUGAGCUCUUAAGAAUCGCUGCAGGACGCAUGAAAGCUCCAACAGUGAAACCGUUCGACGGAGUAUUUAUUUUAUGUUUAACUAAUAACCAGAAUUAUCAACAACGCAAUGAAAUAUAAAAUUAUCAAGUUUUCAAAACUGUGACCACAAACCCUAAAAGCUUAAAUAAAGUUAUCACGCUGACAUUAAGCAAUCUGUCGUCCGAGCACAGAAAAUAACAACAACUGGCGCCCAAUAUUAAAUUUUCGACAGUUGCGAUGUAGCCUGAGCCUUAUCUGCCGUUUGGUUGCCAUCACUAAGGUACACCUGCCACUAAAUAUUAUCAUAAGAUAACUGUUAUUUUAAAUGUGAAAAUACACAUUAAUCCCGUGAAGCGAUCGUAUAGAAAAUUUACAUUGCUCUUCCUCAACAUUUCCAGGCAAUAAGUUCGCAAUAAAGAACUUCACAAAAGUAAUAUAGCAAUUACAAGAGCUCUGCUACAAUAACAAUAUAAAAGCUCGAUAGGAAGUUGUUGAGUGCAGCGCAAAAGUUUUCCACUCUCCAUAAGCGAGAGCAGAGCAGAACGUCUGAGGUGUGAGGUGUGAGGGUUGUCAUGAGCAGAAUAUAGAAGUGCCGGAAAAUGACAAUAUGACGACAGUGAAUGGAAAACUUUUUAAUAUUCGUGUGUAAUGAUUUAUGAAUAAAUAUUUACAUACAUAUAUAUAAGUAAUAAUCAUAUACUUCCAUAUGUAUAUUAUCACAUAUAGUUGUUAAAUGCUGUGCAAAUUGCCCCAUGGAAGCUACUUUGGUGAAUCCCUCCAGCAGAAGCUGUUUAAACAAACCCUCAGAUGGGGUUAGCCAAUCAAAAAAGCAGCUUUCUGAGUUACAAGGUGUGAAGGUGUGCCUGUUUCUAUAUUUUAUGUUAUUUCAAAGUCCUUUCCUACAGUAGUAAGCCGGUGUGAUUAACAAGUUUAUUUGAUUCUAAUAUAGGCGGAACAAAAAAUUUUUAAUUUUCAAGUGAUCAUCAAAAUGAUAGUGAGAUGAGCAGGAGAUGCUGAACUUUCUUAGUAACAAGGUAAUUUCGUACCUUUGAUUGCACCGAAUCUAUAACACCCUUCACAAUUACAAAAUAUUCAAUACAAGAACUUUGAUUGGUCAGUUUGUAUGACAGCUAAGUGGUACGAUAUUGAAAAUUUCGAAAAAUGAGCAGCUUCUUUGGGAGGAAACUGCAAAAUUUCUGCUCUGCUCAACUUUCCUCGUCAUGCUGAACAUUCAUAUAUGCAUUUUAUAGUGCCAACGACGCUUCCUUCUGAGUGUUACAAGCUUCGUGACAGUCUUAAUAUACCUAAUUGAGUGCAUAAUAAUGCCAGAAGAAAAAUUUAAAUCGCCUAAUUUUAGAACAUUCGAAAAUUAGUAUAUAUUGGAGAAAUUUGAACCAUAUUUAAAAAAUGUCACGUAUAACGUCUCAUCGCCGUUUGAAAGUCGCUUCCAAUAGAACGAAAUUUUGAAU